GAAAAAACCAGUCAGAUCUGAAGUAGAUCUUCCUUCCUUAUCCUUCUUCUCUUUCAAGCGCAAAGUAGCUCCAAAUCAAGCGUCAAUUGGCCCAGGCAAGAGAGGUUUCACACAUUCGUUUGAAGAACAACGGUCAGCAAGCCCAGCCAAUGACACUGACCUCUCCUCCUCCUCCGGUUCCGUUCAGAGUGAGAACCAUCUACUCAUGGGGCGGUUCUGAAGAGGAUGACCUUGGGUUUAUCGAGGGAGACAUCAUCGAAGUUGACGACCUGGGCGAUGGGAACUGGUGGCAUGGACGGUUGAGGAGAAACAAGAUGGCCGGUAACUUCCCUUCCAACUACGUUGAGAUCAUCAGAGUACCGAUACCGACCUCCUCAGUGACGCCGUCUGCUGGAUCGCCAGCCACCGUGAAGUCGCAUGGCAGAUCAACGUCACCGUCGUCGCCGUACUCAAAGUCGUCGUACUCAAAGUCACGGAUGGCACGAAGCACAAGGCUCCAAGACAUCCACCGUGAGAACUCGCAGGAGGACGACUCUGAGAUGCAAUUCAGCUUCCAAUCUUCCCAGAAGUACUAUAAGAACCCUAAGGUUACACAAUCGUCAGACAAGGUCGUCCAAUCGUCCAACAUCUCGUCAAACUACGAGCUUCCACACUCACGUUCAGUUCCAACACAUCUCCCACUGGAAAGAGGAUACACGCAUCAGCCACGUAGAGGGUCCAGGGAGCCUUCUCCUCCAUUUGCACAGUCCUCAGCACAGUCUUCAGCACCCAGAGGCUAUAGCUACGGUCCUUCUGCACCUCCCAUCCCACAACAUUCUGUGCCAGUGAAGUCCAAGUCUUCUAUGAACCUGCCCACGGUUCAAAGACACGCAUCACCACCUGAAGUACCAGUGAAGGACUCCUUCAGUAGAAGUGGCAACACAAGACAGCCCCAGCAGCCUUCACAGGAGUUUGUUCUUCCAUAUGACCCUGAAACGUUAAACCAGUCCAAAUCUGCGUCUGGCUCCCAGUGUUCAAAUGUCUUUAGUUACUCCAACGGUUCAUACUUCACUGAUUCUCAAAGCUCAAGCCAGAGUACUUUCGCCAUGAGUGAUUUCAGUGCCACCAGUGCAGGCUCAUAUUCAAGACACAAGUGGGAAGAGCAGCAGAGGGCAUCUGUCAAGUCGCAGUCCUUGAAUACCAGUGCGAGUGGUAAUAAUCUGCUUGUUGAUGACAAGAAGAUUAAACACUCUGGUGGAAUCCUCAAGAAGUUCUUUUCUACAAAGGAUGCACCGCCGUUGCCUUCUAUGGAGCAAAUGACAAGGACUGUUAACGAUUUGGCAGUCAACGAUGAGAAGAUGAACUCGUGGAUUGAAUUUAAGAUCGAUCUCAACAGGGCCAACUCGCUUAGUGCCAAAGAACGCCAGGUGAGGGAGAAAAGGGUUAGAGAGAAUGAAGGAUACAUCAUCUUAGAGCCCCAUAAGCAGCUCUCUACGAUCAACAGCAACGAGUGCAUUGAGACUGAUCACAAGAUGGACUUGGACUCUAUCAGCCUCAAGCACGUUGACAGCUUUGUCCGUCAGUUGAAAGUACAAACCAAUAUCAUGUCACCUGAUGCCUUCAUCACCAAUGAAUUUGCCAUGAAGUUCUCUAGUAAGCUGGAAUAUCUAAGAGCCUUGUUUGUGCUGUGUGCGGAAAGCUUCACCAUCAAGGAAACAAAGGCAGCUGCUAAUAAGGACAUUGGCACGAAUGUUGAUGAGCUGUUCUAUCACAAGACAGGGACUCCCUUUGAGAUGGCAUAUCUUUUCAAAUACAUGUGCGAUUCCAUUGGGCUAAAGGCAGAGUUGAUCGAGGGGUCUUUGAAGACUCCACGAGCCAUCGUUAGACACUUCUGGAACGGUGUUUUGAUCAAUGGUGAAUGGAGACUGAUCGACGUCUCUAUGGGCAAUCUUGCCAACCCAAUCUACGAUAUCUUGCCGAACAAGACUGAGGAGUCGAACGAAUCCUUCUACUUCCUUGCAGAGCCUCUAAAUCUCAUCUAUACACACAUCCCAGAUAAGUAUGAGCACCAGCACAUUAUUCCACCGAUUGACCCUAUGGCUGCAUUGGCAUUACCACCUUGUUUCCCAUCCUUUUUCAAGAAUGGGUUGAUGAUCCACAAGUUCAGCAAUGCCCUGACGAGACUUGAAGGGUUUGAGAUCUUUGAGGUUGACCUUAAGAUCCCCAAGGACAUCGAAGUCAACGCCAUCAUUACAACGAAAUCCGAAGCAGUGAACACGUUGGCACAGGUGUAUUGGAAACAUAAUGAAAGAUACUGUAAGAUCAAAGGACACCUACCAGCAAACAGCAGCGUGGGAUUUGUGAAUAUCUUCUCCGGGUUAAGAGGUGUUCAGAAAUCACUACAGAACAUCCAUCCUUUGUCCAUGGUCAUUCCAAUCACUCAUUCUGGAGAUUUCAGACCUUUGGACUUUGUCAUUCGUUAUCCAACUGUUCAUUCACAGCUCAACGAUCUGUACAUCAAACAACCUCAGAACCUCAACCUGGCGUACGGCGCAGAGUACGUCUUCAGCAUCUUGCAACAUCCAUCAAAGGGGAUAAAUCCAAGUGGCAGAACAAAGAUAGCAUUACAAUCACCAAGUGGAAAGAUUCAUAAAUUCGUUAAAAAGGACGACACCACGCCGUUUGGAACCUGGGAUCUCCCCAUCAAGUGCAAUGAAACUGGUAUAUGGAGAGGCCUGGUCAGCAUCGACACCGGUACAUCUCUCUGUGUGUUUGCCGAAUGGGUGUGUCAACAUUAGCCCUUUGUUUACUACUAAUAAUACAUAAUUAUAAAGUCAUAUACGAGAUAUAAGUAUCAUUCUAAUGUUAGAGGAAGGCAGGUAUCUGACGAG